AUGGGGUGUGGGAGUCCAAUCAUGGUGAACCUCCUGCUCCAACAACAGACCAUCUCCUACAACCAGUGCAUGGCCCAGCUGUUCUUCUUGGUCUCUUUCAUGGGAGCAGAGGCUGCACUGCUAGCUGUCAUGGCUUACGACCGCUAUGCUGCCAUCUGCAAACCUCUGCAUUACUCCCGCCUCAUGAACACCAAGGUGUGCACCGUACUGGCUUUUGCCACGUGGAUCUGGGGCUUCCUAGACUCUGCUCUACACACGGCUCUCAGUAGCAGGUUGGACUUCUGUGGAGUCAACCAAAUUCACCACAUCCUCUGCGAUAUCCCUCCACUCAUGAAAAUGGCUUGCAGUGAUACACACAUCAAUGAACUGGCAGUCCACAUACUAGGACUUUUUAUGGGUGGGGGCCCCUUUCUGUUCACUCCUGCUCCAUAUGUCUUCAUCCUGUCCUCCAUCUUGAAGAUUCAGUCCACUACUGGCAAGCGCAAAGCCUUUUCCACUUGUGCGUCUCACCUCAUUGUUGUCUCCAUUUACUAUGGGAACGCGCUACUGAACUAUCAGAGGCCAAGCGCUGGUUACUCCUUGGCGACUGGCACUUUGCUCUCUAUCAUGUUCUGCGUAAUCACCCCAAUGCUGAACCCCAUCAUCUACAGUCUCCGCAACAAAGAAGUGAAGGGGGCCCUCAAGAAGGCUGUGGAAAUCUGGAGGCCCUCUAAACACCAUCACUCUCUAUGUUAG